CUGCGGGUCGAAGCACUUGUUGAUUUGACACUUUAUUUAAAGAGACAGCGACACUCGACACGCGCCGGUCCGACGACACUCGGUGAAAACUGAGAUGCACAAGUUCGGAGAACAACGGAAAACCUUCGUUUCCACCCAGAAGAGGGGUUACGAUGUGACCCGCAGCCCUCACCUGAACAAGGGGAUGGCGUUCUCUCUGGAGGAGCGUCUUCAGCUCGGGAUUCACGGCCUGCUGCCUCCCUGCAUCAUCAGCCAGGACGUGCAACUGCUGCAAGUGCUGAAGAACUACGAAAUGAAAAGAGAUGAUUUGGACAGAUACAUGUAUCUGAUGGGACUCCAGGACCGCAACGAGAAGCUGUUCUAUCGGGUGCUGGCAUCGGACAUCGAGAGGUUCAUGCCGAUCAUUUACACGCCGACUGUGGGUGUGGCCUGCCAGCAGUACGGUCUGACAUUCAGGAGUCCAAGGGGCCUGUUCAUCACCAUUCAUGACCGUGGACACAUUUCUACACUCCUCCAGAACUGGCCAGAGAAAGACAUCAGGGCUGUGUGUGUGACAGACGGAGAGAGGAUCCUGGGGCUGGGAGAUCUGGGCUGUAACGGCAUGGGUAUCCCAGUGGGCAAACUGGCCCUGUACACCUCCUGUGGCAGCGUGCCGCCCCAGCAGUGCCUACCUGUGAUGUUGGACGUGGGCACAGACAACGAGGCCCUGCUGAGUGAUCCUCUGUACAUCGGGCUGAGGCAUAAGAGGGUGCGAGGACGGGCCUACGACGAGCUGCUGGAUGAGUUCAUGAAGGCUGUGUCAGACAGGUACGGAAUGAACUGUCUGAUACAGUUUGAAGACUUUGCAAAUAUUAAUGCUUUUCGUCUUCUGAAGAAAUACCGCAACCAGUACUGCACCUUCAACGACGACAUCCAAGGCACAGCUGCAGUAGCCGUGGCUGGACUCCUGGCUGCGCUGCGCGUCACAAAGACCAAAAUGUGUGACCACACAGUUUUGUUCCAAGGUGCAGGCGAGGCAGCCACCGGGAUCGCUGCACUCAUCACCAUGGUGAUGAAGAAGGAAGGACUCACACAGGAAGAGAGUCUGAGGAAGAUCUGGAUGGUUGACUCCAAAGGACUCAUCGUCAAGGGUCGUGACCACCUGACUCGCAAGAAGGAGAGGUUUGCUCACGAGCACCGACAGAUGGAGAAACUGGAGGAAGUGGUUCAGGACCUCAAACCCACAGCCAUCAUUGGUGUGGCUGCCGUUGCCGGAGCGUUCUCCAAGCAGAUCAUCAGGGACAUGGCUUCCUUCAAUGAGCGACCAAUCAUCUUUGCUCUCAGCAACCCAACCAUCAAAGCCGAAUGCACCGCUGAGCAGUGUUAUACGUUCACGGAGGGGCGGGGCAUCUUUGCCAGCGGGAGUCCGUUUGACCCGGUCACCCUGCCCGACGGGAGGACACUCCACCCUGGCCAGGGGAACAACGCCUACAUCUUCCCCGGCGUGGGCCUGGGUGUCACAGCAUGUUCGAUCCGACAUAUUCCUGAGGAGGUUUUCCUCAUUGCUGCAGAGGCUCUUGCUGACCUGGUGACGGAGGAGGACCUGUCAGAGGGAAGACUCUAUCCUCCCCUCACGUCCAUCAGGGACGUGUCUCUUCAUCUGGCGGUGAAGAUCACAGAGUUUGCCUACGAGCGCACGUUUUACCCGGAGCCCGCUGACAAAGGGGCCUUCAUUCGCUCGCUGGCCUACAGCACCGACUACGAUGAGUUUGUUGUGGACUCGUACCGUUGGCCAGAACACAGUAUGACCGUCCAGUCAUGUAAACUUUAAUGCAGCAAAGAUCGUUUUUAUUUUUCAUUCAUUUAUUAAUGCCACAAGUUUUA